AUGACUGAAGAGAAAGUUCCUCAGAAGGUUGAGGGACAGGAGGAACGUGAACCUCAACAAAAACAACAGCAAAGUUCUCCUACUCGUAAGUUUCAGCAACAAAAUUAUGGAACUUACAAUCGCUAUCAAGGAAAACGUAAUAGCUCCUACGCUGGUAAUAGACAGCAUGGGAAUAACAAGUACAAUAACGGGAACAGAUACAACAAUGAGUCUGGUAGUGGUCACUAUUAUUCUGCAGCAAAGUAUAAUGGUCAUUAUAGAAACAGUAAUAGAAACUCUAUUCCAGCUGGUAAUAUGAACGGAGGGUGGCCCAAUUAUUACAUGCCUCAAAUGUACUACAUGGCUCCACAAAUGGCAGCUGCAAUGGGUACCGGUAUGCCCGUAGAUAUGCCAUCCAUGCCCCCCUUACCGCAACCACCACACUUGAGUCCUCCACCAACUCUUGAUUCAAACGUGAGCCCCAAUAGUAGUGUGGCUAGCACGCCUAAUCAAGUUCAUAAAAAGAUAGAAAUCACCACAAAGAGUGGUAAAGCACUGAAUUUGAAUGAGUUACAUUCUCAAUUGAAAUCAAAUUCUAAUUCUGCUCCAAGCUCUCGUGAUGAAACACCGUCUGUACCUUUACAUGAUGUUAGCGCUAAUACAAAUGAUUCAAUUGAACCUAAGGAAUCCACUCCCAGUGAUAAGACAGUUAAAGCUAUCAAAGAAGAUACGGAAGAUAGUAAAAGUAAAGCAGAGCAAAUUAGAAAGGAUUUCCUUGAACAAGUUAGAUUACGUAAGUUACAAAUGGAUAAGAACAAGAAUAAGGGAAAAGAAAGCAUUGAAGAAACGACCACCGAAGGGAAAGUUCCAGAUGCAAAGGAGCUUCCUGAAACUGCUAAUGAAGCACCAGUUAGUAAUAGCGAAGUUUCUUCUACAAAGACUGGUGAUGAAGCAAACAGAGAACCAUUAUAUGUACCAGAAGCAAUUAAAAGGGAAGAAGAAACUCCUGAAUCAUCUGAAAAAAUCAUAACAUUUGCAGAAAGAUUAAAAUUGAAAAAACAAGCUUCGACUUCUGGUGAAAUUAAAUCAGUUCAUAAGGAAGUCUCCUUUAGUGACACUACCACCACAAUCGAUAAUAGUGAAAAAGAAGAUUCGCCAUCUAUUGAAGUACAAUUAGAAGCAACCACUGAAGAUGAUACUUUGGAAACUUUCCCGGAAGGUGUCACUCUAAACAUGUCUCAAUUCUUAGAUAGAUUGUCAAAGGUUAAACCAAUAAGUGAUAUUUAUUCCUUCAAAUACCCAAGCCCUAUUGAGAGUCCUGAUACAAAAUAUAAAAAAGUUCACGCUAAAUAUACCUAUGGUCCAACUUUCCUUUUACAAUUCAAGGAUAAUGUCACACCUAUAGCUGAUGAAGAAUGGAUUACAAGCACACAAUCUAAGAUUAUUAUCCUAGCAGGUAUGGGCUCUGGUAACAGAUCACAAAGAUUAAGAGAAAACAGGUCGAGUGUAUCAUUAAAUGGCGGUCAAAACAGAAAUAUGUCAAUGAGAAAUGAUGGAAGAUCAAAUUCCAGAUCAAUGUCAAAAAGACAACAAUCUAGGAGGUAUGACGAAAAAAGAUCAAAUAGGUCUUCUUACAUAUCAAGAAAAGAUCGUGAAAAGGCUAAUGAAGAUAAACCAAAGGAAGAAGUUGCUCCAUUGGUUCCAAGCGCAAAUAGAUGGAUUCCAAGGUCAAAGGCUAAGACAAUUGAAAAGAAAUUGGCACCUGAUGGAGUUACAGAGUUGAUAAGCAAAGAAGAUAUUGAAAGGAAGACCAAAUCUUUGUUAAACAAAUUGACACUUGAAAAAUUCGAUCCAAUUUCAGCGGACCUUCUUGCAAUGGCUAAUCAAUCGAAAUGGGAAACCAAUGGUGAAUCUCUAAAGGAUAUUAUCGAAUAUAUAUUCCUCAAAGCUUGUGAUGAACCGUUUUGGUCAAGUAUGUAUGCACAGCUUUGCGCAAAGAUGGUUAAAGACAUUGAUUCGGAAAUCAAAGAUGAAAAUAAUGAAUCUAAGGUUGGUCCAAAACUAGUUCUACAUUAUUUGGUUGUUAGAUGUCACACAGAAUUCGAAAAAGGUUGGGCUGACAAAUUACCAACAAAUGAAGAUGGCUCUCCAUUAGAACCCGAAAUGAUGUCAGACGAGUAUUAUGCUGCGGCUGCAGCCAAGAGAAGAGGCCUUGGUCUGGUUAGAUUUAUUGGUUUCUUGUACAGGUUGAACUUAUUGAGCGGUAAAAUGAUGUUUGAAUGUUUCCGUAGAUUGAUGAAGGAUUUAAGUGACAAUCCUUCGGAAGAUGUUUUAGAAUCUGUUGUGGAAUUAUUAACUACAGUUGGUGAACAAUUUGAAAGUGAUAGCUUCAACGCUGGUAAGGGUACCCUUGAAGGUUCUGUUCUAUUAGAUAGUUUAUUCCAAAUUAUUCAAAAUAUCAUUGAUGAGAACAAAAUUCCAAGUAGAAUUAAAUUCAAAUUAAUUGAUGUCAAAGAAUUAAGAGAACAUAAAGGUUGGAACAGUGAAAAGAAUAACGCUGGUCCAAAGACUAUACAAGAAAUUCACGAUGAAGAUGAAAAAGAACGUCAAUUAAAGGCAAACUCUAGAGCCAAUUCCAGACGUUCCACUUAUACUUCGAGCGUCCGUGGCUCAUCUAACAAUAACCAUCAUAACUUUUCAUCUGGUUCAAGCAGAAAUCCAUUUAAAAGAGAGGCAUCAAGAGAUAAUUUUGUAUCAUCCACCAGAUCAGCAUCAAAUAGAUUUAAUCAGAGAAAUCAACCAAAAUCUGAGCAACAAACGACUAGCCGUCCAACACUUGCAGCCAAUAGGUUUGACGCUUUAAUGGGUGCAGGAGAAGAAGAUUAA